AUGGCCUCUUUCAUCGAAGCUGGAGGGCCAUGGACAAACGUUCGAAGAUAUCAAAAUCUUGGCAACGAGAUUAUUCAAGGCAAAACAAAAAAGAGGAAAACCAUUACACAUGGCUCCUCAAGUGAACAAUGCAUGCAGUCUGUUCUAGUGGUGCGUUCCAUGUCGAAAAUAAUGGCACUAUUAAGUCCUCCAAAGGAAAAUACUCCCCCACGUUGUGAUCCAGUAGAACUGCCUCCGCCAAUGAUUAAGUCGUCAUUGUACUCGAUUAUGUCAGACUAUGAGGACCGAGAGUAUUUCAAUUAUAUGAUGAGCGAGAUGUGA